GCUCAGAGAAUUUCGGUGAGGCUCGCCCAAGCGUGCCCUUACCUGCGGCCGGCCUCGGUGUUUUGCCGGAGGUAUCCUAGGAACGCGGGGACGCUGUUGUCGUCGAGUUGCCGCGGAGCCCGCUCGCUGUUGGGGUGCGUUCGUCAGCGCCCGAGCACGCGUGGGCCUGGGGAGCCCGGCGCUGAUGGCCGGGGUGUGAGACGCUCUGUCGGAUCGCCUUAGUGCUGGUAACGCAGCCCCUAAACAAAAGGAAAUGUUUAGUGCUUCACGGCCACAGCAGGGUACUAAACAAUAUUAGAGGAAACCGAAGCUAAAGUCAUAUGACUUCCACGCAGCUGGUUGCAAUAGCAGUUGUCACUGCCUUCCUGGUGCAGCAUGGCAUUUGGACUUGGAAUUUUUUGCCUGUUACUAUGGGCAAUAACAGGUCUCUAUUGUGAGCAGUGCAGAGAAGGAGCCACGUACUCAGGUGCGGUGAUAUCUCCCAACUUAGAAACCACUAAAAUCAUGCGAGUUCCCCAUGCUAUGUCAGUGUCCGACUGCGUGGCAGCCUGUUGUGACCUCUCUGGUUGUGACUUGUCCUGGAUGUUUGAACGACGCUGUUACAUCGUUAACUGCCGACGCAAAGAAAACUGUGAACCUAAAAAAAUUGAAACGGUCAAGUCCUAUCUUACUUUUGUGCUGAGGCCUUCUCAGAGGCCAGCCUCACUGCUGGGCUAUGGGCAAGUGAUCCCGAGCAUGGCCCACUCUGUGGGACUCCAGAACGAGCCCUCUGAGGAGGUGAGUAGCCUGAAGGAGCUGUCUCUGCUCGGCAAAGAUCCCAGCCUUGAGGAAAUACCAGAGUACAUAGAUGACUAUAAGGAAUUGGAGCAGGACCCCUUUCAGAUGGGCAUCAAACACGAGCAGGAGAGUGCAGAUUAUGCUGACUGGGGCCUGAUGGUGACAGGUGAAAAUGUCUUCAACUCUUCAGUGGAUGAUGAUGGAGAUAACCAGGAAGAUGUGGCUGAAAAGGAGGGGGAAGCUGCGAUGGCGGAAAAUCUCCUGAAUAAAAAUAGUUCUGAACUUAGCCCUGUCACUGAACGCUCCCUGGAGAGGUUGUCAUCUCUCCCAGAGAUCACACCAUUCCCAGUGAAGACGUCUGAAAGCGGAGCAGCUGUUCAGCUGCUUGCGCAACCGGACAGUGCUUUGCAAGAAGAGGUUCCUGUGCCUUCCCCUCCUCCAGACAACUUUGGAUUCUCCUCAGCUGUGGUGGAGAAAACCCAGGCUCCCACAGUGACCCCAGGGGAUCUCACUGAAGGUGGGACCAUGGUACUUCCCACUAGUAUUGUGCUGUCUCAGCCCCUACAGCAGUUCCCGCCUUCUGCUACUGCAGAUGCAGUGAAAGAACUCAUUGUGUCUGCUGGAGAUAACGUACAUGUGAUGCUUCCCAAAAACGAGGUUGAACUGAAUGCUUUUGUUGUGCCCCCACCACCAACAGAAACAGCCUACAGCUAUGAGUGGAGCUUAAUCAGUCACCCUGCUGAUUAUGGUGGUGAAAUGGAGCACAGGCACACCCAGACCCUGAAGCUCUCUCAUUUGUCAGUGGGACUUUAUGCCUUCAAAGUGACGGUUUCUGGUGAAAAUGCCUUUGGAGAAGGUUUUGUAAAUGUCACAGUCAAACCAGCACUCAGAGUUAACCAGCCCCCUGUUGCCAUUGCUUCACCCAAAAUACAAGAAGUUUCUUUGCCUACAACUUCUACCUUCAUUGAUGGCAGUCAAAGUGUAGAUGAUGUGAAGAUAGUGAGUUACCACUGGGAGGAAAUUAAAGGUCCUUUGCGAGAACAGAAGGCAUCUGCUGACACACCUGUCUUGCACUUAUCUGACCUGGUUCCUGGAAACUACACUUUCAGACUAACAGUGAUCGAUUCAGAUGGAGCAACCAACUCCACCAUUGCAUCUCUGACAGUCAACAAACCAGUGGAUUAUCCACCUAUUGCCAAUGCAGGACCAAAUCAGGCAGUCACCUUGCCCCAAAACUUUAUCACACUGAAUGGAAACCAGAGCAGUGAUGAUCAUGAAAUUGUCAGCUAUGAAUGGUCACUCAGUCCCAAAAGCAAAGGCAAAGUUGUAGCAAUGCAGGGAGUGCGGACUCCAUACCUCCAGUUGUCUGCAAUGCAAGAGGGAGAUUAUACAUUUCAGCUGACUGUCACAGACUCGGCAAGGCAGCGGUCCACAGCGGAGGUCACGCUCAUAGUGCAGCCUGAAAAUAACAGUCCUCCAAUAGCAGUGGCUGGCCCUGAUAAGGAGUUGACUUUUCCAGUGGAAAGCACUACUUUGGAUGGAAGCAAAAGCCAAGAUGACCAAGGUGUUGUCUUCUAUCAUUGGGAAAAUAUCAGUGGGCCAAGCUCUGUACAGAUGGAAAACGAUAACAAAGCAAUAGCAACUGUGACCGGUCUUCAGGUUGGUACUUAUCGCUUCAGGCUGACAGUAAAAGAUCAACAGGGAUUAAGCAGUGCAUCUGUGCUCUCUAUUACUGUGAAGGAAGAAAACAACAGUCCACCCCGGGCACAUGCUGGUGGGAAGCAUGUUCUGGUGCUUCCCAAUAACUCUGUUACCUUGGAUGGCUCAAGGUCUGCUGAUGACCAGGGGAUUGUGUCAUAUUUGUGGAUUCGGGAUGGUCAGAGCCCAGCAGCUGGGGAUGUGAUACAUGGCUCAGACCAUGAGGCAGUACUGCAGCUCACCAACCUGGUGGAAGGAAUCUAUACUUUUCACUUGAAAGUGACGGAUGCCAAAGGAGAUUCAGAUAUUGACACCGCUACUGUUGAAGUGCGGCCUGAUCCCAAAAGAAGUGGUUUGGUGGAGCUGAUUCUGCAAGUUGAAGUGGGACAGCUGAGUGAACAGCAGAAGGACACCCUGGUGAGACAGCUGGCUGUACUGCUGAAUGUUUUGGAUUCAGAUAUCAAAGUUCAGAAGAUACAAGCCUACUCAGAUAUAAGCACAGCGGUGGUUUUCUACGUGCAGAACGGGCAUCCUUCCGAGGUGAUCAAGGCAUCCGAUGUUUCCCGUACUCUGCACGUGCAGCUUUUGAAAGAGAAGGCUGACUUUCUGCUUUUUAAAGUUCUGCGGGUUGACACAGCUGCCUGUCUCUUAAAAUGCUCUGGGCAUGGACACUGUGACCCCAUAACAAAGCGUUGUGUUUGCUACCAGCUGUGGAUGGAAAACGUGAUUCACCGUUACCUAAAUGAUGGAGAGAGUAAUUGUGAAUGGAGCAUACUCUAUGUGACUGUGUCUGCUUUUCUUUUGAUUGUGGUCACAAUAGGGCUUGCAUGGUUCUGCAUCUGCUGCUGCAAAAGCAGAAAGAGGACAAAGAUAAGAAAGAAAACCAAAUAUACCAUCCUAGAUAACAUAGAUGAGCAGGAGAGAAUGGAGCUACGACCCAAGUAUGGUAUAAAACACAGAAGUACAGAACACAAUUCCAGUCUGAUGGUCUCAGAAUCAGAGUUUGACAGUGAUCAGGACACUAUCUUCAGCAGAGAAAAGAUUGAAAGAGAGAACCCCAAAACCCUCAUGAAUGGAUCCAUCAGAAACGGAGUUUCCUUCAACUACAGCUCCAAAGACAGAUAACUGAAAGAGGGUGAAAGCACAGCAGGCGCUGGUGCAACACCUCCGAAACAGUUGGUCCACCUCUUUGUUUUUCCAGAAUCAAAAGCUUCCUAAAAUAUCAACUAAUUGCAGGUGAAAGGGAAAAUUUGUAGCACAAUGGAGGGAGGGAAAGAGAGCAGCUAACUCCUGUUGUCCCCUCUAUAGGAACAAGGAAAAGCACAUUUUAUUUCUUGCAUGUUCAGUACUGAAUGUUUGCCUAAACUUCAGAAGGCCUUUUCUCCUGUAUCAAAACAGUGCAUUGCUGUUACAAGAUUAGCUAGGGCUGUUGUGCUACUAACAGCAAUGACUGAGAUGCAUAUAAAUUGUCCUGUGCUCCUAGGCCUUUCUCAAAGGAGCAGUGUGAUUAUGAAGCUGACCUGAAACAGCUAGAGACAGCAUUCAUAGUUUCCCUUACAUCUGUAAAGAGCAAUAUGUGACCACAGGCUCCAUCAUUCAGUUUUCAAAGCAGGUGCACAAAGAGGGAGCAUUUUUAGUGCGUUGUAUUUAUCUCUGAGUGUGUCUUGUGACUUCCUGUUCUAGGGUAGUGCUCAUCAAAUGGAAAUGCCUUUGAUUUUAAGGGAGGUUUACAAUUUAGCAGUUGCACCUAUUCAGCUGUGAACUAAUGUUAGACAUCUGUGUCCGGUAGGAUGCAGUAUUCCCUGUGCUUGCAGAGGCAGUUUGGUGCCUGCAGGGAAGUCCAGCCUUAGGUUGCUUCUGUAAUGAUGAAGGUGCUUCUGCCAUGUCCAGCAAGUAACCUGCAGCAGAGGGGCAGGGAGGACUCCAUGUGAUGUGCCUUCUGAAAUCGUUUGAGCAUCCUAAAUGAUGUUUUGUUUAGAGAACACUUUCAAGGAGCUCAGGACCUUCUAAGGCUGAGUCUCAGCUGAAAUGACUUUAAAUCUGUCAGCCUCAGUGCUCAGUUAAAGUAGAAUGUGCUAGGCCUUUGCAAAGUAAUGUGCUUGUAGCAAAGUACCCUGUGUGGAGCAGGAGGUUGGACACCUGCCUCCCCCACCAAGGAAUCAGUAGUGAGAAAUAUUUUAGAUUGCCUUCUUUUUCCCCCCUCUGUAGUUAUUCAGCAGUUAACUGUGUUGGCCCAGAAGAGGUCCCUUGAGGUGUUUAGGAAGGGUAGGAGUGUUUGAGUCCUGAUGUUGCUGUUCUUGCUCACAAUGUGGAUAAUUUUCCUAUGGGUGGCUCAUUAGGCUCUGAAGCCAUGUUCCUAGUACUGUUCUUAAUCCCACCCUGAAGACUCGGGUUAUGUGUAGACCUUAUUGCCUAUAGGGGCAUCUGCUUUUGUGGCACUGCCUGGUUGCUGCGCCAGCCUUUUCUGGGGGUCCUUUACUGACAGGUUACAGGUCUUGGGCAGGGCUGGGCUGAGCUGGAAGAAUGAUGUGUUGUGGUGAGGGGAGGGGAGGAAAAAAAACCCAGUCCUUUUGGAGCAUUUUAGGCAUUAAAAAAAAAAAAAAAAAGAGAGAAUCCAGUAAUGGGGAAGGUUAGAGCAGUAUAGGAUGUGUCCAGAGGUUGUGGGGAGAGAUCAGAAGGGUUGAAGGGGAGGGCGUAUCCCACUGCCAUCAUGAGGAAUAGUUUGGCAGAGUUUUGGUGCUUUCCCUGCCCUUUCACAGAAAGCAGCCACAAAAGUGGUUGGGUUGAAUGUUGUGACUUUUGUGCUUCUCUCUUGUUAAUGGAGUUGGGCAAAAGUAUUAAGAACUAAUGAGGUUGGAAGGAUUUGGUAGUCAAGCUGCAACAACAUGACAUGCUUGUGGUUUGUAUUCACUCUGAUUUCCUUUGGUUCCCAAAUGCAGCCAGCAAUGUCCAUAAGUGUAUUAAGGAGUGUUUAUCCUGUGCCCAAGCCUGCAUUUCACUGGAGAGCUGAGUUUGGCUACAGGAGUCAGUGGUGGGCAGAUGCUGUGAAGAGUUACACAUAGGCUAAAGCAGUUGUUCUCCGUGUUUUCCUAUGCCCUCUGCAAGAUUCAAUACAGAUGGGUAUGGGAUUUGCUUUACCUAAAAGCAAAGUUUUAACUCUAUACGUAGAUAUUUUUAGAAUGUUUAUUGAAAAAAAUCUGCUUUAUCUCCUCCUCUCUCUUCUUGAGUUCAUUGAAAAUUUUUUUUUACAACUCAGCCAAUAAAAGUAACAGGUCAGCUUUUGAUCUCUUAAUAUCUGCGCUAGAUAUAUUAGCACAAUAAUGCAAGGUUCACUUUGAAAGCAUUCCUUUUAGAAAGUUAAGGCCCACCCAAAAUAAACUGAUUUUUCUCUUCUUUUUAAAUCAGUUUUGGGCUUAAAUCUAUUUUGUAGAAAUUCUAAAAAAGGUUCUAAUAAGAGUUAUGCUCUUGGAAAUGUGCACUGUCAAAAACAAACUUUUUUGAGCAACUACAGCUCUGUAUCAGUCACGCUGCCAUUAAUGCUUCUGCUGAAUACUGUAUCCAGUGUGCCUUUCAUCUGUAAACUUGUCUUAGUACAUAUCUGUGCACUCAGCGGCAUCCUUUGAUUUGUGAAGUCAAUCACUUGCAUUUGUUGGUUUUAUUUCACAUUUUUAAAGCCUGGUGUUGAAGCUUAGGAAACCACAGACAUCAUUUUUCAAACUGAAGAAUGUGAUUGUCUAGUAAAGAAGGAAAAAAAAAACAAACAACAACUUCAGUUUUCUCAAACCUGCUCUGCAUGCUGCAGACUUCCUGGUGUCAUCUCUGCUUUCACAGAAGUUGUGGGCUCAGAUCUUCGAAUCAGUGGCAAGUUCAUGGCAAUGAGAAGAUCUGUAUAGUUUGCCUGUGUUUCUCACUCUAGCAAGUAAGAAACAUUAGACCGAUUUGUUAUUGCAUAAGGCUUUACCAAGUGGAAGUUAGCUGCUUACUGAGUUUUCUCUCAGAUGACACUUUGACAUCUUUAUGUCAAUAUUUUGGUUAGAAGGUUUUGAAUACUGAAUAUUACUUGAAUUUUCGAGCCGCUUCUAAUUCUGCUAGUUUGUUUUUUCCAUCUGCUUGGAGGGGAAAAAAAUGAGGAGGAGUUAAUCUUAAAAUAGUUGCUCUUGCAUAAUAUCAAGCUUGCUGUUAAUAUGAAACUUGCACAGAAGUUGAGAAUAAGUACUUUCUGGCUCUGUGAAUUUGUGAUAUCAGAUGUUAGUGUCACUUGGCCAAGCAUGAUUUUUGUCAGGAAUUUAGGACUGAACAUAACAAGCUUUGUAUCUUGAAUUAGCAUAACUUCUCUUUCUAGAAAUGUUGCUUUCUUGGAGCGUCUGUUAGAUCAUAUCUAGAAUGAAAGAGCAAGAAUAUUAACUGUUAUGAUGCAAAUGCAAUGGCAGAAAUAAGAACUGCUGCUGGCCUUCUCUUGAGUUAUGAUGGGUUUGAAGCAGGUUCUCAGUCCUUACGUUUACUUAUGUACUGUUUUCAUUUGUGUACUGUAAGAGUGCUGGCAGCUUGUUUGUGAAAUAGAGAUGGGAAUUUAUUUCAGAAGAGUGGAGGAGACCAGAUGCAGCUUGUCACGUAUAGCUCAAGGAGUCCAUUGAAAAAGUGGAGUAAAUUCAGUUUGGCAUUGAUAAGAUACUGCUUCACAAGGUGAACAGUGUGCUGAUACUUAGUGCUUCAUGUUCUUGGUGUAAGCGCUGGAUUUUCACUUGCAUCUUAGUUUUACGUUUUUAUAGGGGCUGAUGCACAAGAAAGAAUUGGCCAGCUAUAUAAAAAGCAGCCUUUGCUUACAUGUUUAAGGAAGGAGUAUAUUUAGGAGAAGCUUUCUUGUGGUUGCUGCCCAAGGCGUUGAAUAGGUUCAGUACUCAACACUGCUUGUAUAGCAGUACAAAAUUGCCCUGCUGCGAAUAGGUCAUCAGCUUGUGUUUUUUAAUUUCUUAGCCAAAAGGCUAUUGCAGUAGAAUAUGAACUUUACCUAGGGGCAGGUCUAAGAACCAAAUUCAAAGCCUCUGUUCUCUGGUUCAACCUUUUGUAUUGAGUAGAUUGCAGAGAAAUUCCAGUAAAAUGGGAACAGUCUAGUUAUAAAGGAUUGCGUAUUUGGGGAGGCGGUAAGAAAGGUCAUGCUUGUGUAAUGUGUAAGAAUACAUUUUUCAACCACCUCCAGUUAGGCGAAGGGAGCACUAGCAACUUCCUGCUAGGUGCAGGAGAGAGAGCUUUUCUUCAAGGAUCUGUUUUGUGCUGUCAGAUGUGUUUGCUUAUAUGAUGCUAAUUUUCCUUUUCUUCCUUGAUCUGUUGUGGGCAAACAGAAGUGCACACACAUGCAGGGGACUUUUCAGCAUAGAGAAGAUAGUGUUAACUUUCCUUAGACAUCUCUGAUAUCCUUGAAGUAAUCGAGUUCUUCAGGCACCACUUAGGCAAAUUUCCUAUGGCCUGGUUUAUAGCCUAAAGUGGAACUAGUUUUGCCCCUCAGUAUACUGAUAAUGGGCUGUAGCUACCUGAGCUUUGGGGGUGAUAGUGAUAACAUGUCCAUUAUUUAAAACUUCUGAGCCAUUUAUGUGAGGUUUGAGGGAGGUAAACAUCCGUUUUGAAGGGAAAUGGGCUAGAUGGUGGAUUGGAGUUUCUUAAUAUCGGAUACUGCUUAUCACUGAUCCCUAACCAGAAUACUAAUCCCAUAGGUCUGCAGCAAAGAACCCCUUUAACAUGCCUUUUGGGUCCUGAACUCCCUAUGGCAGGGGAGGGAACCUUAAAGGUUAGCAAUAGAAGGGGUAAGGGGGGAAAAAGGGAAAAGACAUUUUCUGUUUUGCACAUGCAACGAAUCGAGUGCAGAUGAGCCACACACAUCAGUAGUUUGCCUCUGUAUGGAAGCACUUCUCCCUGUGGGUGGAUGGGUGAGCUAUUGCAGAAUUUAUAAAGGAAUCUGUUUCUAGAAAAUGUUAUUUAUUGCAAAUGAUAAUGUAUCGUAACUAGAACCAUUUCUGAGCUGAAACUAUUAAAUUUAUGUAACCCUACUAAUAAAGUUUCCUCCUUCCUUCUA